UUUUUCUUCUCUCUCUCUCUCUCACUUUAUUUAUUAAAAUAUGGCAUCUUUACCUUCACCACCACCUUCUCCACUUGAUCGCAGGCGACAUCGACGUAGUGAUAGCUUUGCACUGUUACAGGCCGUGAUUAAAGAAAGAGAGAAAGAAGAACAUCAAGAAGAAGAAUUGUUACUGAAAUCAAGACUGAUCCGAUUUAGUUGCCCACCCGCCGUGAAAACAAUAGAGAAGGAGGAGAUCAUUAUACCGCAUAAAAGUUUAUCACAUCAUUCUGUGAGAUUCACAACAGAACCACCCAAAGUCUAUCAUUACACUGUAUAACCUUAUAAAAAAAAAGAUACCCACACACUAUGAAGAAAGGGGUGAACACACACACACACACACACACACACACACAUAC